AUGGAUUCCGAUUUAUUAGAAUUAAAAAAUGAUCAAACUGAUGUUGAAGAUUCAUAUCAACAAAUAAAAAAGCUAUGUGAGAAUUACAAAUUGUUCGCGAAAUCAGAUAAUAAUAAUAAUAAUGACUUAAAUGAAUUAUAUUCGACUAGCCUGAAUUUAUGUUAUAUCCGAGAUGAUUAUGAGGCUAUAAAACAUGAAAUGUCAAUCAUUAAAGCUAAUCGUCAACUUGCUCGGGAUGCACUUAUAGCUGCCGGAUUUCAAUGUCCCGAUGAUCCAUCAACAAACUCCUAA